GAACGGUUCACGAUUUUGUUGACAGCCGCUGGAUACGACACGUGUUUGGUGUAGUUGAAACGACUGAAACUGAGUUCUGUGAAAGCCAUGAAGCAACGAGCGGGAAAUAAACUCCCCAACAAUCUGCCGCAGUUGCAAAAUUUGAUAAAACGUGACCCCUUAUCCUACAAAGAUGAGUUCAAUUUGCAACGCCACUACUAUGAAUCGUUGCUUCAAGCUUUCCGACUCCGUCCAGCGGAGCACAAUAAGGAGUUGGACGAUCUGGUGAUGUUUUUGGCACAAGUCAGCCACUGUUAUGAAGAAAAGAUGAAACAGUUUCCACAGGAGAUGAUCGAUCUUCUCAAAAAUUACAAUACCCAGCUCGAUCCGGAAAUGCGGAUGACAUUCUGCAAAGCCCUAAUCCUGCUUCGCAACAAGGGUUUGCUGCAACCAACAGAUCUGCUGGAACUCUUCUUCAGCCUGCUGAGGUGCCAGGACAAGUCCUUGAGGAUCUUCCUCAAGAACCACAUUAUCCAGGAUAUCAAAAAUACCAAUGCCAAACGAAAAGAUGCCAAGCUAAACUCGACACUGCAGAACUUCAUGUUUACCAUGUUGAAGGACAGCAACCUAGUUGCUGCUAAGACAUCUCUUGAUGUCAUGGUGACUUUAUACAAAAAGAAUGUGUGGAAUGAUGCCAAAACAGUCAAUGCCAUAGCCACAGCUUGCUUCCACAAGGCAACGAAGGUGCUGGCAACUGCUCUCACCUUUUUCCUUGGUAGCGAUGAAGAGGAAAAAAAGGAAGAUUCAAGCAGUGAGUCUGAGCCUGAAGGACCAAGCAUACAGGAAAUCAUCAUGGCUCAUCGUGUAAACAAGAAGUCGCGGAAGAGGAAGCGUAUACUUGACAAGAGCAAGCAAGCCCGGAAGAAACAAAAGAAGGACAAGGCACAGGUUUUCAACUUUUCUGCACUUCACCUCAUACACGACCCACAAUCCAUGGCUGAGAAGCUGCUGAAGUCUCUGCAAGACAUGAACGAGAAGUUUGAAGUGAAGCUUCUUGUCAUGAACCUGAUUUCACGCCUUAUUGGCAUUCAUGAGCUCUUUGUGUUCAACUUUUACCCCCUGGUCCAGCGAUACCUCCAACCUCAUCAAAGAGAGGUCACAAAGAUACUUCAGUAUACUGCACAGGCUUCCCAUGAGCUGGUUCCACCAGAUGUUUUAGAGCCAGUGUUGAUGGCGAUCGUCAACAAUUUUGUUACGGAGCGCAACUCAGCUGAAGCGAUGACUGUUGGGUUGAACGCAAUUCGAGAAGUCUGUGCACGGUGUCCCUUGGUCAUGAAUGGAGAUUUAUUGCACGACUUGGCUCAAUACAAGUCAUACAGAGACAAAAAUGUCUCAACGGCUGCCAAAUCACUGAUCCAUCUCUACAGGACCAUCAACCCAGAGAUGCUUGCAAGAAAGUUUAGAGGCAAGCCCACAGAGGAAACACAAGAACUGAAGGUUCUCAAGUAUGGUGAGCUUAAAGCUCCAAGCUUUGUGCCAGGUGCUGAAGUGUUGGAUGUGGAUGAUGGAGAGGAAAUUAAUGAUGAAGAAAGUGACAGUGAUGACGAGGAUGAUGACUCAGACGGCUGGGUUGAUGUCCACCAUUCGGAUGACGAAGCACCUGACCCUGAACAUAGCCAUAAGGGUAAAACGGAACAAGAGACAGAUGCUGCCAAGAAGAAAGGCAGGCCUUUGCUGAACCUCGAAGAACGUGCUCAAAAGGCAGCACUGGUUUCGGAGACUCGGAUCCUGAGCCAGCAGGAGUUUGCCAAGGUUCGUGCUGCUCAGCUCUCAAAAAAGAUGAAGGCCGCAAUACCACAGAGGUUCACAAAGAAGGGUGCUGCUACAGCCAAGGCUGCUGCUGCUGUUCCCACUACUGAAGUUACAGACCCCACCAUCGGCGAGAGGAAGGAGCUUGUCUCACUUAGGGAUAUUGAGAAACUGGUCAAAAACCCAAGAAGUACCAAGGAGUCUCGACUGGCUUCAAUCAAGGAAGGACGGGAGGAUAGAGAGAAGUUUGGUGGCCGCAGAAAGAAGAAGGGCGAAUUCGCAAGUCAGAGCAACAAGGAAAAACGCAAGACCAAGGCCUUCAACAUGGUCAAGCACAAACUGAAGCGCAAGCAAAAACGCUCAUUUCGUGAUAAACAGAUUGCCCUAAGGGAUGCAUUGUUGAAGCAGAAGAGAAGAAAAUAAUAGGCACACAAAUGUACUAUUUGUUUUAA